GGGGGUCCCGGGGGUCCCGGGGGGCGGCGCUGCCCCCCGCUGGGCCCCGCGCUCAGCCCCCGCCAGCCCAGCACGCACCGCGCUGAGGUGCAUUUCCUGCGCCAGGGCUGCGGCGAUGACAAAAUCUGCCAGAGCCACCUGGAGCUGCACCCGCGCUUCUGUGCCCGCCUUGGGGACAGCGACUUCCAGUGUCACCUGCCCAGGGACGAGGCUGGCACUGCCAUUUUCGCCAUGAGUGACCAGCGGGACGUGGCGCUGGAGCUCCUGGUGACCAACGAGCCGUCGGAGCCGUCGGAGCCGCAGCGGGACGGGGACGAUGCCCACCAGGCCGUGCUGGUGGCCACGCUGCCCCCGGAGCUGCCCUACGCGGCCCUGCGGCCCGACGAGAGCGGGGGGCUCGGGGACAAGGUUCUGUGCUUGGCCAACCAGAACGGCUCCAGGGUGGAGUGCGAGCUGGGGAACCCCCUCAAACGGGGGGCCCAGGUGCGCUUCUUCCUCAUCCUCAGCACCUCGGGCAUCUCCAUCCACACCACGGAGCUGGCGGUGCGGCUGGAGCUGAACACCACCAGCGAGCAGCCGGGGCUGGAGCCGGUGGUCGCCCGAGCCCGCGUGGUCUUCGAGCUGCCCCUGGCCGUGACGGGCGUGGCCGUGCCCCCCCGGCUGUUUUUUGGGGGGCAGGUGAGGGGGGAGAGCGCGGUGAAGAGGGAGAGCCAGGUGGGCAGCGCCGUCCGCUUCGAGGUCACGGUGUCGCAGCGGGGCCCGCUGCUGCGGAGCCCGGGCUCGGUGGCGCUCACGGUUCAGUGGCCGCUGGAGCUGCCGAGCGGGAAGUGGCUCCUGUACCCCCUGAGCCUGGAGAUGGGGACCCCCCCCGUGCCCUGCAGCCCCCCCGCGAACCCCCUGCGCCUCGCCCUGGAGCCGCCGGGCCGGGGGGACCCCCCCGAGGAGCCCCCGGCCCGCUCGUGGUCGGUGCCCGCGGCGAGGAAGAGGAGGAACGUGACCCUGGACUGUGCCCGGGGCACCGCUCGCUGCCGCCCGUUCCGGUGCCCGCUGCCGUCCCUGGAGCGCUCGGAGCUGCGGGCGCGGGGCCGCCUCUGGAACGGGACCUUCCUGGAGGAGUUCCUGGAUGUGGAGAACCUGGAGCUGAUCGUGCGCGCCGAGGUCUCGGUCGCCUCCCCCCGCGGCAAUGUCGUCAUCAAGGACGCGGUGGCGCAGAUGUCGGUGUCCCUGCACCUGGACCCGGGUGUGGCGGUGGCCGCUGUCCCCUGGUGGCUGCUGCCGCUGGCGGCUCUGCUGGGGCUGCUGCUGCUGGCCCUGCUGGUGCUGGCGCUCUGGAAGCUGGGGUUCUUCCGGCGGGCGCGGGCGCCGCGGGCUCCGGCCGUGCCGCGGUUCCGGGCCGUGCGGAUCCCGCGGGAGCAGCGGCCGCGCGCCCACGAGGGACGGACCGGAACCAUCCGCGGGCCACACUGGGCCACCACGGCCACCGGAACCGGGACAGGGACAGGGGACGGGGACAAGGACGGGCCCCGGACACCCGGAUCAGCCUGAGGGACGCGGCACGGACGGACGGACGGACGGAUGGAUGGACGGAUGGACACGGGAUAACGGACACGGGAUAACGGACACAGGAUAAUGGACAAAGGGAUGGACAAAUGGACACGGGGAUGGACAGAUGGACACGGGGAUGGACAGAUGGACACGGGAUAACAGACACGGGGAAUGGACACGGGAUAACAGACACGGGGAUAACGGACACGGGGUGGACAGAUGGACAUGGGACAGUGGACACGGGAUGACAGACACGGGGAUGGACAGAUGGACACGGGAGAACGGACACGGGAUAACGGACAUGGGAUGGACAGAUGAACACGGGGAUGGACAGAUGGACACGGGGAUGGACAGGUGGACACGGGGAUGGACAGAUGGACACGGGAGAACGGACACGGGAUAACGGACAUGGGAUGGACAGAUGAACACGGGGAUGGACAGAUGGACACGGGGACGGACGGAUGGACGGACGGAUGGAUGGACACGGCACGGACACGGGAGAACGGACACAGGGAUAACGGACAUGGGGUGGACAGAUGGACAUGGGACAAUGGACACGGGAUAACAGACACGGGGAUGGACAUGGGGAUGGACAGAUGGGCACGGGGAUGGACGCAGGGAUGGACAGAUGGACACGGGAGAACGGACACGGGAUAACGGACAUGGGGAUGGACAUGGGACGGACGGAUGGACACGGGGAUGGACACGGGGAUGGACAGAUGGACAUGGGACAAUGGACACGGGAUAACGGACAUGGGGAUGGACAUGGGGAUGGACAGAUGGACACAGGGAUGGACACGGGGAUGGACAGAUGGACAUGGGAUAACGGACACGGAAUAAUGGACACGGGGAUGGACAUGGGACGGACGGAUGGACACAGGGAUGGACACGGGGAUGGACAGAUGGACAUGGGACAAUGGACACGGGAUAACGGACAUGGGGGUGGACAUGGGGAUGGACAGAUGGACACAGGGAUGGACACGGGGAUGGACAGAUGGACAUGGGACAAUGGACACGGGAUAACGGACAUGGGGAUGGACAUGGGGAUGGACAGAUGGACACAGGGAUGGACACGGGGAUGGACAGAUGGACAUGGGACAAUGGACACAGGAUAAUGGACAUGGGGAUGGACAGAUGGACACAGGAUAACAGACAAAGGGAUGGACAAAUGGACAUGGGGAUGGACAGAUGGACAUGGGGACAGACGGAUGGACACGGCACGGACAGAUGGACACGGGAUAACGGACACGGGAUAAUGGACACAGGGAUGGACAGAUGGACAUGGGACAAUGGACACAAGGGUGGGCAAAACGGACACAGGGAUGGACAGAUGGACACGGGAUAACGGACACAGGAUAAUGGACACAGGGAUGGACAAAUGGACACAGGGAUGGACACGGGGUGGACAGAUGGACAUGAGGUGGACACAGGACGUGGGACAAGGGACAAUAAAGGACACGGGACAGGGACGGUCCCUGGCUGUGGCCUGGAGCUGCCAGGACGGGCAGUGGCCGGACAGAGCCAUCAGCUCAGGGGUCACUUUGUCCCCAGGGGUCACCUUUUGUCCCCAGGGGUCACUCUCUGUCCCCAGGGGUCACUCUCUGUCCCCAGGGGUCACUUUUUGUCCCCAAUAAAAGGCGCUGACCCCA